GGCCAUACAUACAUACUUUAUCCCAAACGCCAGUUCCAGAAGAUUUGAGUUUGCUUCUUAUGCCUAGGUACACCUUAGGCACCGUUAUCUAGCAAGUUGAAUCCAUCAAUACCUCUAUAUGGUUCCAUACUUCCAGCAUGUCAUCCCACCCCGGAGUGUUCUGGUUCCUUCGCUCCGCACGAAUUAACCCCCAUAUAAAACCCAGUCUCAAUUGUCUUCUAACCGCUCGCUCGCUCACUCUCCCUCCCGCCCAUCCUGACAAUUCAGCUCUAAAAAUCCGAAAAAAAAAUUCUCACACACUUCCCUCCUACACCUUUCUUCGAUUAUUCCAUAUCUCCAUCAGCCCCGGAAGCCUACCCACCCCGUCCUCCUUAACCCCAGUACCGAACCGACCAAGUCAAAAUGCCACCCCGAACCCGAACACUAGCAGAAAAUCUUGACGCCAUCUCCCUGGACGACGACGAGAGCAAGAGCAAGAACAAGGACAACAACGACAAGAAGAAGAAAAGGAAGAAAAACAAAUACCCCAUGCUAGGACCAAAGAAGAAGAGGAGGAAAAGGCGCUGCUGCCCCGAACUUGGGAAGAAGCAUGAAAAAGUACCACUGCCACUGCCACCAACGAACCCACCAUCGCCCCCGGAACUACCAGAAGAACCGAACUCUAUAAAACCGGAGCCAUCAUCAGAAUCCGACUCAUUAGAACAGCAGUUAUUACAACUCGAGUUAGCAACAAGCUAUGGGAUAUCAGCACAGGAGCACGAGGCAUCAUCAGGAUUAUCGGAACCCGAGCCCAAGCUACUGGGGCCCGAGCUAGAGCCUGCUCGGACUGAACCUGAGCUAGGACCUGAGUCAAUGAUGACAUCGGGAUCAGGUCCUGGUGGGGGUACUGGUAGAAGGGGUUUAACGUUGGAUCAGUUGCCUUAUGAUAUUCUUUAUUUGAUCAUCGAAGAGCUCUGCAAACCCAUUCCCCUGCGGUCUGACAUACUCCACGAUCAGCUCGCGCCAUCAAAACGGCAGGGGGGAUAUGUUGGGAGAGGUGAGAUCUAUCGCGCUAUACGACAACUCCGCAAACUACCUCUCGUUUGCAAGGCCUUCUACGACCCAGCGAUGGCGAAUAUCUACAAAUAUAUUCCCUUCAGCUUUCAUACCCUUAAUUCCAAGAACUGGUCUAGCCUCGCUGAAUUUUGGAAUCGUCAGGAGAAUCGUCCCGUAACGGGCCGUAUACGACGACUUCACAUUGUCUUCAAUCCAGAGGGGCUCGACCGUUGGAAUUUUGACUCACGCUACGCAGAUGAGCCUGAUGUGAAGAACCAUCUUGAUGGUAUCAGGCGUCUUAACAAGAUAUUGAUGUCUUCCCUGACGGAUCUGUCGGAGCUGGAAGAGCUUGAUAUCAGCAUAGUAGGUCGCCACGAGGCCGUGGGCACGUCAACUUCUGAAAUGAAACCUUCGUGGUAUCUUCUCACAAGCUUGAAGAACGCGCUUACUAACCGGUUUGAUAAUCUGACUACUCUUGGGCUAAAAGCCCCUGCCUGUGAUUUGGCUUCACUUCUGCAGAGCGUGUCGUCGGAGCUCUGUGCAAAUCUUAGAUCAUUUUACUGCACGCUAUCAGGCUGCAACAUUGGUGGAGGAUUCAAGCCUGACGAAGACCCAACAGAUACAAUCAAUGCCUUCGUCAAGAGAUGUCCUAACUUGAGGAGCUUGUCACUCCCUUAUCUCAGUAGGGGGCUGCGGCUUCAUCCGGAUAAUACGGGUUUGAAAGAACUGAUUGUCUUCGAGGGGCCUUGGAAUCAUACGAAUUCGUAUCUCAAGAAUUUGUAUCUCGAGCUUAUCCCUGUACUCAUGUCAAAAGGGGCCGCUCAGGUAGAAUUGUGGUACGAGGGCAAGGCUUGUAAGUUGUUGGAAAAUUAUUUACCUCUACUGGACCAAGCCCGCAGUUAUUUUCCUGUCAUCUACUGAGAGCGUUUUAGGCAUGGCAUAAAUGAGUUAAAGCUAACGGAUAAUCUCACCCGUCAGUCCGUGGCCAGAAAUGGUACGCCAAAGUGGCAAUAAAAUUAGGCUUCAGACUGAAAGUGGUGUCA